UUCUUUAGUCUCCAGCUCCUUUGAUCCUCACAACACCUCCACACUUUGCAGUCUGAUCUCCUUUUAGUGGAAAAACUGUCGAGAUUGACACUUGGUGAUUGUCUUGGCUUCGUAUUAUUCCCUUUCACUUCUUACUUUAAAAAAGGAACUAAGAUACCGCGGAGAAAAAAUUUUCCCCUUUAUGCUGAAGAAUCUAUUUUAAUAAUAGCUCUCUCUUUUUCUUUCCCCCCAGGUGGUAGGGGAGGAAGAGGGGGAGAGAAAGUUCUGACUCUGGCUUCUUCAAGGGGGGGAUUUGCAUUCUCUUUGUUAGCCUCCAUUUUUGGCAGAGAAACUCGGGGUGGAUGGGAGCCCCUAAUCCUUUUCCAGUAGGCUUGUUUUGGAGGAAAUCUGGAAAUAAGACUUAAUCAUCAAGUAUCUUGUAAACUGAUGAAACAAUUGAGACCUAUGGUGGCCCUGAGUGACUCAGGCUCUGUCUCCUGGCAGAUCAGUGCUAGUCACUUUUCUCCCUAACAUCGCUGCUAUGAAAUGCUGUUUUGCCACAGCAGGGCUGCCAUCCCCAGCCCAGGAGCCCUCUUCAUUCUGAGCUGCCUGAUUAGAGCCUCGGGGGUUCCAGAAGAUGAGCUUCUUUUCACUCUAUCAAAUGGCAUUCUUUUCUCACUAGUUCCAAACAUGAUAUUGGUUGACAAGAACUUUGGAGUAGUCUUAAUGACCCUUGACUGCCUAAAACACAGGACGUCAUAAAAGAUCUGCUGUCUGAGUGCUGUGAAAACAAUUGACUGGGCCCUUGCAGUACUGUCUAGGAAGCUGCGCUUCCAGGCAGCUAGAAGAUAGUUAUUCCGAGAUUGUUCCAUCUCUAUAUGUUGUGCAGCCUGAACUCUGGAUUUUCGAGGUCACUAGCUAUAAUUUGUUUUAAAUGGCUGGUUCCUGAUUCCCCAUUGCAGUUUCAUCCCGUGGCCAUGUGUGUAAUUAAUAAUCUGGGAAGUGGAAGCUGAGUGAGGCAUCAAGAAGGGGCUUUUCCUUCCAUUUUUGGAAUCAGAAGGAUCAACUUCAGGCAGUUUGGGUGAACUGUUGAGUAUUUUAGUAUCAAAAUGUAGUUAACUGAUCACAGCUGAGCAUAUGGAAUAAUUUUUAAUUUAGGGUGAUUAAAAAGAUGUGUAGAACAGCUACCAAAAUUGAAUUAAAGGGUUCCUCUCCUAAUAAAUAUUCUGAACCAGGAAAGGCUUAGCUACCUCCCGUAAGGAAGCUGUGAUAGUGGAGCAGCCUCCACUGGCACACCAGCUCCUGAUGGUUCCGGGGGAUGGAUGGGUGUUAGCUAGUUUAAAUGCUCAUGGAGGAAGCCAGGCAUAUUAUUACAGAGACUUGGGGAAAUGUCUUUCACCUUGCUGUGUAGGGCAAGUCUGGUGGAAUAUCAAUUAAUGGCCUCCUUGUGGGGGCACCGUAGGAGCUGAAGAAUUGGCCGUUCAGUUAGGUGAUCUGGAUUAAGGUUCUUGGCCCGCCAGUAACAUAGCCACGCAAAUUUGCAGUGGUGUGUGGGCCGGAGGGUUUUGAAUUCAGACCACGAGGGCAGAUAAAAAUCUUGCCUUGAAGGAAGUUGGUGGGGAUGGAGGGGGAUGUACCACCAUUUUCUCUAAAACCUUCCUCUCCUAUGAGCAAGCUCAGCUCUUGGAUAUGUCUCGCUUCCAGAGAAAUGGGGUCUAUGGGGGGGAAGUCCCUGUCAGCCAGCUGCUACCACAAAUUACCCCUUUAUGUUGAGCUCCCUUAGAGAACUUUCAUUUGAACGUCUGUUGACUGCAGCUUUCUAAACAGUCAAUUGUUUUCUGCCUAGGCUAGGGACAUUAUGGAAUUACUAGAAAUUUGGGGCCAGUUUGGUAAUUUGAUGAUAAAGGUGAGAAAUGAAUUCAGUGAACCUGGAGAGGCAGCUGAGCAAAGGUGUGUGUGCAGGAGUGAGUCCUUUGGGCUUUUGCCCUUCUGCUUUACCAGUUGACUGGCCUAACCUACCCCCAAAGGCUAGUUGGUCGGGCUGGUUUUUAAUGGGUGACUGUGAGGAUGUUCAGAUUUAAGAGUCCUGAAUGGCCAAGGUGGCUGGGAAGCAGUCGGUCACAUAAAGAAGUGGUUUGUUUGUCUCUGGAUGGUCUAAUACUCAGCAGGACACCAGUCAGUCAGUCUUGGUGGCAGUUUGUGUUUCCUAGUAGCUGAUGAGUUAACUCUUAACAUGUAAAUCUGUCCAGCAACGAGUGGUCUCAACUAUGGAAAAGAGUUUUUGUUUUUAUUUAAUUGGAGAUGCAAACAGGUAACUGUAACAUUUAUUUAACUUUGUAAAUACAGGAGGGGUCCAUGAGGCUGAGGAUAGCGCCCACCUGGGCUUUAAGGGUGUCCUGAGCUAGUAUCCUACUUGAAGUUGGUUAAACUGGCUCUAAUUUAGACUCUGCCCAUUUAAUCUUCUGGAAGAAAGAGCUGGAGUGUGUAAUUCUUGGGGCCACAUAAUGGACAUACAAUUUGUUGGGGUGUGUGUACGUAUGUAUUUAUGUGUAUAGAUCUGACAUGAGCACAGUGACUCAUUGUAGUCUCUAGAGUUGAUGAGACCCGGGAAAUGUGGGGUUUGCUUCCUGAAGUCCUUUUCCUCUAUGUCAGAUCUCAGAGCACAUGGGUGACAUGUAAGGUUGCUCUGAACAAACAGAAGUUAUUGGAGAAACUUGAGACACCAAUGCUCCAUCUUGCCUAAUUGAAGAUUACCAAGAGUAUUAUUUGCCCCAUAAGCUGUUGUAAAACAUAUCAACACGGGGUGUUGGAAAGCCACUUUACAGAUAUAAAUAUCUUUAGGUUGAUGAUGAUAAUAAUAAUGAAAGUAAAACUGGAUCCUUGAGCACACCUGAACUGAUUCGGGAUGAGUCAGGCAGUUUCCAGUUUAAUUAAAAAGGGGUGGAGUUUAUGUUCAGCAGUCCUCCAGCCUCAUCCUGUUGGAGUUGAGUAUUCUGUAGGACUUGGAAGAUAUUGGGCUGCAUUGCCCUUGGCUUAAAGUAGUGUUGAAGUUAGUACUUGGCCUGUGAUUGAUUGGGUUAUGAUGCUGAAUUUAAACAAUUUCCAUCCCAACCCCUCCUUCCCCCCCAAGAAAGGUGGCCUGGCCACUUCAGCUUUUUCCUUGUAAUAUUAGGGAAAGAUCAAAAAAGUUCAAGAUUGGGCUGGAGAGAUGGCUCAGCAGUUAAGAGCACUGACUGCUCUUCCAGAGGUCCUGAGUUCAAAUCCCAGCAACCACAUGGUGGCUUGCAACCAUCUAUAAAUAAAAUAAAUAAAUCUUAAAAAAAAAAAAAAAGUUCAAGAUUUAGGAGCUGUGGAGAUCGCUCAAAAGGUCAGGCCAUUUGCCACCAAGCCUGACAGACCUGCAUCUUGAUUCUUGGGACAUGCAUGUUGGAAGGAGAGAACUGACUUCUAAAAUUGUCUCCCCUUUGAUCUCCACAUGCACCCCCAUACAUACGUAAAUUAAUAGUUUUUUUUUUUUUAAGAGGAAGGUUUUUAUUGUUACUAUAGACUGGCAUAGAAGUUAGUCCUUUUACAGGGUUCAGAAAAAAGAGUAGGUUAAGAACCCUCGCCACGGGGGUUGGGGAUUUUAGCUUUAGUGGCCCUGGGUUCGGUCCCCAGCUCCGGAAAAAAAAAAAGAAAAAAAAAAAAAAGAACCCUCGCCACUUUGCAGAGGACUUGAGUGUGGAUCCCAGUACCCACAACUGUUCAUAAGUCAAGUUCUAGGGGAUCCUGCAUGGCAUUACAAGUGGUACACACACACUCUCUCUCCCUCCCUCCCCCUCUCUCAGGCAGACACUUAAGUAGAUAAGUCUUAAGGACCCCUCCCAUCUCAGCUUUAUUUGUGUAGGUAUUUGGCCUCCACGUGCUUCUCAGCACUGUGUGCACCGUUAGAGGCCAGAAGAGGAUGAUGUGUCCCCUGACUUGGAGUCACAGAUGAUUAUGAGUUGCCAUGUGAAUGCUGGGAAUUGAACCUAGGUUCUCUAGAAGAGUAAUCGGUAGUGCCUUUUACUAUUGAGCCAUGUCUCCAGCCUAAUUUUGUACUUUUUUUUUUUUUUUUUGGUUCUUUUUUUCGGAGCUGGGGACCGAACCCAGGGCCUUGCGCUUCCUAGGUAAGCGCUCUACCACUGAGCUAAAUCCCCAGCCCCUAAUUUUGUACUUUUAAAGAUGGAAAUAAGUGCGGAUUAGGGGUGGCUGCAGCGGCACAUGGGGUAGAGGUGGAUCACUAUGAUUUCCAGGCCAGCCUGGUCUACAGAGCAUGUUCCAGGACAGCCUAGGCUACCUGGAGAAAUUCUGUCUUGAAAAACCAAACCAGAGACUGGAGAGGUGGCUCAGCGAUUAAGAGCACUGACUGCUCUUCCAGAGGUCCUGAGUUCAAAUCCCAGCAACCACAUGGUGGGUGGCUCACAACCAUCUGUAAUGGGAUCCGAUGUCGCCUUCUGGUGUGUCUGAAAACAGCUACAGUGUACUCAUAAAUAAAAUAAAAAAAAAAAAUUAAAAGAAAAACCAAACCAACGGGGAAAGAAAGAGAGAAAUUGGCCAGAGCUUAGUUGUGUGAUUUGAGUGCCUUAAGGCGUUCAUUAGAAAACCUAUUACCUGAGUGAAGAGUGAAGCAGUUGGAGGCCAUGGCAGAGUGCUGCCUGUGAGGAGAACCCUAAAUGUUGUUUUAGCAGUUUACUGCUGCCUCUCGACUCUGGGGGGAUAGCCUUCACCAGGAAUGUGAGCUCUCAUACUCAUGGGAAGAGUAUAGAUGUGUCGUCUAAAGUCUGUGGACAGCUAGCUAUGAGCAUGUUGUGUAUGGUGUUUCUCAGUUCAGGAGUUGUCACGAGUGGCACUUCUCCUGAUUAGCUGUUUUGAGCAGUUUAUCAGGCCUUGCAGUAUUUUAUAAUAUAAUUGAUAAAUUUGCAGUCAGGUACUGGUAGAAUUGAGUGUCCCUUUAGUCACAUCAGUGUGUAGUUAGUGGCUUUGAGGCUAUCAGACAUACUUGAGCAGUAAGAGCCGUAUCCUACAGAGUGUCAAUGGUCGUUGUAUAUUAAAGAGUAACCGAGUCAUUUUUAUGGCCAUUAAGCCCCAGCAUGCUGUCAGAACGUAAGGGCAUUCGGAGAGGGAUGGCCAGCUGCAUGGGUAUGGGCUUGAAGGCUCGGUGCUUCCUUUACAGGAAUGAAGAUUGAAAGAUGUUUUUAAAACAGACAUUUUUUGCAAAGUACUUUUUAACAAGCUUUUGUGGUUAGAAUCCUUGCCUUCCUGGCAUCCAAACAAAUUUAGAUUGCAGUGACGUUCUUCAGUUCUGUCAAGAAGCAGGGCUUGAAGCAGGCCUUGGGAGUCCUGGUGCCUCCUACAGCUCGGGGGAAGGCUAGCCCACUUUGGGAAAGCUGCGUUUGCUUGCACACCGAGGCAGAGGGACCAUUGUUAGUAAUUCAGUAGAACAGCUGUCUGUAGGCUCUGACAAGUCUGUUGCAGUUCUCGCAGGGUUCAGCAAGUUGGUUUUAAUCAACACGUACCCGUACCCGCACCUUUGUCGGCGUAGAUGAGCAGCUCCUCAGUGAGGAUCGAGAGCACCUGCGACCAAGAUUUUGGAAGUCCCUUGUCUUCACAUUGCCGGGAUCAACGUCUUGCUCAACUGAGCCACUCACCCAGUGGAGAUGGACAGAACUGUUGCCCUCAUGCUGACUCACGUCUGAAUCACAGCCCAGGGCAGCCUGGAUGCCUUGUUUGUGCAAAGACCCACCUCUAUCACUGAGCUUCCCCCAAGCUCUGGAAUAUACACAUCCCUCUGAACUUAGAGUUGCUCUAAUUUUGACGCCCAGGGCUUCUGGAGGUUUGAGUGGUGAUAUCUCACAAGUGUCCUUAUUCUAACUCCAGAGAUCCUUAGCAGACAGCUGGAUCGUCCAUCCACUCAGACCUGAAGUGGCCGGCAGCAUGCCGACGCAAUCCCUCCUCGUGUACAUGGACGGGCCGGAAGUCCUUGGCAGUUCUCUAGGUACCCAGAUGGAGGUGGAUGAUGCUGUGCCCAUGAAGGGACCGGCUGUGGUCCCCUUCCGAGCUGCGCAGGAGAAGAGCUUGGCCACAGCUGAGGGACACAUGCCCCUGGACUGCAUGUUCUGCAGCCAGGUCUUCUCUCACGCGGAAGAUCUCAAUCAGCAUGUGCUCCUGCAGCACCGGCCCACCCUCUGUGAGCCGGCUGUGCUGCGUGUGGAGGCCGAGUAUUUAAGCCCCCUGGACAAAGGUCAGGUGCCCACGGAACCACCAAAGGAGAAGAGCAGCAAAGAAAUGGAAGAGCUGAGCUGUGAUGUAUGCGGACAGACAUUCCCAGUGGCUUUUGAUGUUGAGAGCCACAUGAAGAAACAUAAGGACUCCUUCACGUAUGGGUGCAGCAUGUGCGGGAGGAGAUUCAAGGAGCCGUGGUUCCUGAAGAACCACAUGCGGACACACAAUGGCAAGUCUGGCACCAGAAGCAAGCUGCAGCAGGGCACGGAGAGUCCAGUCACCAUCAACGAUGUGGUCCAGGCACAUGCCCCUGGGAACAUCUCCACUCCCUACAAGAUCUGCAUGGUCUGUGGCUUCCUCUUCCCAAAUAAGCAGAGCCUCAUUGAGCACAGCAAGGUUCAUGCCAAAGAAACUGUUCCUAGUGCCAGCAGCACAGCCCCUGAUGGCCACCAAGAGGAACCCACAUCCCCGAGGGAAGAGCUGCUGCAGUUUUUGAACUUGAGACCCAGAUCAACUGCAGAGAGUACAGUGAAGCCCAUGACCUCUAUACCUCAGCUUGACCCAUUCACCACCUACCAGGCAUGGCAGUUGGCUACCAAAGGCAAAGUGGCCGUUGCCCAAGAAGAGGUGAAAGAGUCAGGCCAAGAAGGAAGCACGGACAACGAUGAUUCGUGUUCAGAGAAAGAGGAACUUGGAGAAAUAUGGGUUGGGGGUAAGGUGGAAGGUUCUGGAAAGUCCAAGACAAAUAGAAGCAGUUGUUCAGGUCUCUCCCAAGACAAAGAUAAGUCUAGACAUGGUAACAGUGAAGUGCCUUCAGGGGACGCUGACUCCAAGUUGCCCGGCAGCAAGGAGAAGCCCACACACUGUUCGGAGUGCAGUAAAGCGUUCAGGACAUACCACCAGCUGGUCCUGCACUCGAGGGUGCACAGAAAGGACAGGAGGGCUGAUGCCCCAUCACCCACCAUGGCUGGGGAUGCCAGGCAGCCUGGGACCUGCUCCCCAGAACUCCGCACCACUCUGGAAGAGAGUGGGGCCGGGGACCGAGAAGGAGGCUCUGAAGAUGGGUCUGAGGAUGGGCUCCCUGAAGGGCUCCAUUUGGAUAAAAAUGAUGAUGGAGGAAAAGCAAAGCCCCUCACGUCUUCGAGAGAGUGUAGUUACUGUGGGAAGUUUUUCCGUUCAAACUAUUACCUCAAUAUUCAUCUCAGAACGCAUACAGGUGAAAAACCAUACAAAUGUGAAUUCUGUGAGUAUGCCGCAGCCCAGAAGACAUCUCUGAGGUACCACUUGGAGAGACACCACAAAGACAAGCAGCUGGGGGAUGCCCCUGCUGAGUCCAAAAGUGAAGGCCGAAGUCAGGAGCCGCAAGAUAUGCUACUAACGGCUGAUAGUGCACAGACCAAAAAUUUAAAGAGAUUUCUUGAUGGUGCCAAAGAUGUUAAGGGCAGCCCACCCGCCAAGCUACUUAAGGAGAUGCCUUCUGUCUUCCAGAGUGUUCUGGGCAGCACUGUUCUCUCACCAGCACACAACAAGGAUACUCAGGAUUUCCAUAAAAACGCAGCUGAUGGUGCUGAGAAAGUGCGAAAGAGUCCUGCCCCUGCUUAUCUGGACAUGCCAAGAAAGAAAACAGGGGAUCCCCGGGCCAGCAGCCCUGCCUGCAAACUAGAGGGGGUUGGGCCCUUAGCACGAGAAGCUGGCCACGGGGAGAAGAUGGAUCGGGAGGCUGACUACAGACAUAAGCCCGGUGCUGACUGCCAGGACAGGCCUUUGAAUCUAUCACUCGGGGCACUCCACGCCUGUCCUGCAAUCUCUUUGAGCAAGUGUCUCAUCCCUAGCAUUGCCUGCCCAUUUUGUACUUUUAAAACCUUUUAUCCGGAAGUCCUUAUGAUGCACCAGAGACUUGAGCACAGGUACAACCCCGACACGCACAAGAACUGCAGCAGCAAGUCUGUGCUGAGGAACAGGCGGACAGGGUGCCCCCCUGCUUUGCUGGGGAAGGAUGUACCCCCCUUGUCUGGUCUGCACAAGCCCAAGGCCAAGCCUGCCUUCUCAUCACAGGCUAAGGCCCUGCACCCAGAGAAGGUUCGGCAGGGGACCUCGGGGCCAGGCAAAGCUCCCCAGACUUCAGGACCGGACAACAGCACUUUAGCCCCAAGUAACCUGAAGUCACACAGGUCACAGCCCAGUGCCGGGGGCCCCAGUGCCACCAGGCAGCAGCAGUCAGAGCUGUUUCCAAAAGGUGGCGUCCCUGCUGCUAUGGAUAAGGCGAAAAGACCUGAGCCCAAACUGAAGGCCCCCCCGGCUCCCCCGGCUCAGUCCCCCCUUAGCAGUGGUAAUGGCAACGGUUCGGCUGAGUGCCCAUGGGGGCAGCAAGGAAGAGACUACUACUGUCAACGGAAUGCUGGCAGUGCCACGUCAGAAUACAGUGAGCCACAUCCCAAAAGACUCAAGUCCCCUGUGGUGUCCCUGGACACAGAGCAUCCUGGGCCCAAUGGCAGAAGGGGCUUUGAGCUCCCCAAGUACCAUGUGGUCAGGAGCAUCACUUCCCUGUUACCACCAGAGUAUGUGUGCUCACCGCCUGUGCUGCCUCCCAAAGCCCGUUUCCUGAGCCCUGGGGAGGUGGAGUCGCCCAGCGUGUUGACUGUGCAGAAGCCCUACGGUGCCUCUGGACCCCUGUAUACCUGUGGACCCGUGGGACAUGCAGGAGCCAGCCCAUCCCUUGAAGGAAAGAGGCCUGUGUCAUACCAGCACCUAUCUAACAGCAUGCUGCAAAGGAGAAACUGUGAGAAUUUUAUUGGAAAUACGCAUUAUCGACCAAAUGACAAGAAGUCUUGAGUUCUCGUUCUUGGGCAAAGGUCCCUGGAUGCAAGAACACACUUUCCACGGAAUCACACUUUGGUUCAUCUUCUGAGAGCACGUGAGGAUAGCUACUGAACAAGCUGUGACUGAAUUGUACAUAGACCCGCGAGGAGCAGAGAAGGAACACUACAUUCUCUAACGUCUGUUAACCUUUGUACCAAAUAGCAAUAAAAACUAGUGGGAGCAGUUGGGCUGUGCGCCAGGGGACUGCAAUCUAUUUUGUCCCUAAAUAUUUUUUUAAAGAAUUGACCAAAUAAGUUUUUUGCAUACUUGAGCUCGGCUGAAAAGGAAUCAUUUGGGUGGGGUGGGUGGGGUGGGGAGUGCUGUAAAGCUUGCACCUCAGGUAACUGUAAAUACCAACUGAUGUCGUGAUGUCAUCCUCGUGAACUUUCUUAAGUACUGUGUGUUUCUCUUCCUCAUGGAGCUCAAUGACUUGAGCAUUUUCUGCUUCUUUAUGCUUUUUCAUUUAAAACGUGUUUUAAAGCAUAUUCUCACUGAGUCUCUUGUCUGUCGAUGGAAGCAUUGACCCUCAGAAGAUGUGCUGUGCAGCCUGAGGUCAGCAGGCAUUAACCUGGUACCUUUACUAUAGCUGUUAGAGCUCAUGUGUACAGGUCGUCCUCGAGCCCCAGCUGCUGCUCUGGGGAUGUCGUGGUGCUUUUGAGUGGGUGUUGCCUACAGAGAAGCUGCCUCUGUAGGGCGGGCGGCCAAUGUCUUGGACAAGUCAGGCUCCAUGAGGAGCUAUCUAAGUUCUUCUUUUCUUUUUGGAAGAUUGGGUUUCUCGGAGAGUUGCCUGAUUUAAGUCUAGAUAAAUAUGCCACAUCUCCUUGUGGGAAUUGCAUGCUGGGAGGCAGUUUUAAAGAGUGGAAAGUUUGGGGAAAUACUUUAGUUUGUAUUUGAAUGAGUCUGAUGUGUCUGGCGUUUGAGCAUGGGCACCUUGAGUGUGGGUGAGGACCUGCCAGCGGAGCCUCCUGGGAGGCGGGGAGAGAAGAUCCGCUGGAGACACGAGUCUCCCAUUGUUUCACAGGGUGACUUCCUCAGUGCACAGGCAGCUCAGGAUGGGAAGAGGAGCCACCAGCUGGCUCACGCGCAUUUAAACUUGAGUUCCUCUGAUGUCUGAGUUAGUCAGCAGUUCAUGGGUUUAGCAAACCCAAAAUAUUUUAUUAAGAAACUGUUUCAAAAAUAAAUUUGCACUGCUCGUUUUUUCUUGCCCCACCCCUCUUGAUUGGACAAAAGGGUGAAGAGCUCAAAAACCUCGACUUCCCCCCCACUCCCUUUUCAUAGUGCACCAUGAAGGGGCCCUUGGGAGAUGUCUUACCUCUGUGUUGAAUGGAGACCUACCUGGGUUGAGAUGUGCCUGCUCUUGCAGAAGUGCUUUCGUAUCAGGAACGUGUACACUAGGCCCUGUUCCCGUCCACAAGCUGAGCCAUAUGUACGUAAUCUAGACUGUUUUUUUAGGUCUGCACUUUCAUAGCCUAUUUUUUGAAGAUUAACACAUUUGCAGGGUGAUGACUCCAUCUUUGUCUGAAUGCAGUGAGUGUAAGAGGAGGCUCGCUCUCAGAGACCGUACAUGUGAAUCUGGAGGGGUUAUACAGUCGGGGCCAAAAGUUAAAACCUGUAUUUAAAGAAAUAAUCACCAAAUCUAUUAGAAAACAAGUCUGUGUGAAAUGCUGAAAUGUCGGGGCUUUCAGAUUCCUCUAGGUACAUUUUCUGAAUGCGUUAAUGGGAAUUCCAGGUUUUUUCUUUAAACAGCCCUUUGUGCUUCCGUGUGUCUGGUCAUCAGUAUUAACUCUGGGAUACUACUGGCUGUGUGUCUUUCCCUGGGAGGCAACAGUACGCGUGAGGAGGUACACUCGUUGCAUUUUUGUUAACGUAUUUAUUUCAUUCCAGUUUGAUUUAUUUUAAUUGUUGAUACUUAAGUUGUCAGUAGACAAGCUUUAUUUAUGAUAUAUUUCAGCUUAAAGUUAUGUUAUUAUAUGUGGAUGUAAAUAUAGACUUGGUGUUUUACA